UCGUGUUUUACCUAGUCGCAUCAGUUUGUGCAUUUUGAGACAUUGACGCCGUCUUAAACAAUAUAAAACAUACAUUUAUAGUUGGUGUAAGGCUUUGUAAAAGUAGUGAAGUUAUAAUCUAAUUAUGUUUUCACAGGUUGUUACGCUUAUUGUUUUAAUUACUUUACCUUACUCAGAUGGUUUAUCAAGCUUGGAUGGCAAUAAUAACAUGCUCGCUAGCGCCGCACAGGCGCUGCUUCCAGCGCUUGGAAAUACGUUAGGCAUUGACAACUUGGAUUCUGUUGUCGAUUUCUUUAACCAAAACGGAUCGUUGUCUGCAAACGGCCUAAAUCUUUUAACCCCGUUGGCCGGGCAAUUGGCUCUUCAAUCAUGGGGUCUGUCCCGUGCGUGUAGCCAGGACCUGAUGUUGCUUGUGGAGGACCUCAGGAGCGCGGAACCAUGGGCCCUUCAAGUACUUGAUGCAUUCGGGAAGCCAGACAGCGGAAUCAUGAAGGGUCGGAUUUGGUUUCCUGGUGGCUUCGACGAAUGUCUGGAUUUACACGCUGACGCCUAUAACAACGCUACAGACAACAUGCAAACGCUUAAUGGAAAAUACUGCAGACUAGAAAUCGAUGCUGGUCUUCCGCAGACAAGUGCGUUGAAGCCUAGAAUACGGAUCGGAGUGUGCAUGCCUUCCAACUGUGUGGCAAAGGACCUCAAUCUGCUCAUGGAAAACAUUCAGAUGUUGUUGUUCAAUGACACAAUUCGUUACGACGUCACCCCAUUGUGUAGCGAGAAUAAGCCGCUCGCGAGUGACGCAAUCGCUGUCAUAAUUAUCCUAUCCGUGCUUGUUGCCUUUAUUCUGUUCGGUACAUUGUAUGACAUCAUAGCGGUUCAAAUGAAAGGUAAUGAACAACUCAUAGAAAACAAACAGAAUGAGCAUGAAGGAUGUAAUGGCGCAGUAAAUGGAGUGGGAAUCAAAGGUUAUGCCAACGGUGCUUACCAGCCAACAACGGAGGGCUCGGAGCACGACAAAAAGAACUCUGUAAUCGAGGUAGAAGCUGGGCAAUCAAAACCUGUAAUGGAGAUCACAGAAGUAGCCACAGAAAAGAAGCCUAAAUUGGAAAGCAGAAUAUUGGAGAAGAUAUGUCUCGCAUUUUCGGCGUACAGUAACGGAGUGAAGAUAUUAAGCACAGUGCAAGGAGCGGGUUCCCUAGGGGCACUUAACGGUAUCCGGUUCCUCAGUAUGGCUUGGGUCAUAUUGGGACACACCUACUUCUUUGCGUCCGGGGUUGACGCAAACCUUGGUAUGUAUUUUUACGACGAGCUGCAAAACCCCUCAUUCAGUGCUGUGGUAUACGCAUCUGUAUCCGUUGAUUCCUUUUUCACUCUCAGUGGUGUCUUGGUGGCCUACUUGACCUUGCGAGAAUUAAAGAAAGUGGACGGGGUUAAAGGACUCAAUUGGUUCAUGUUCUACUUUCAUAGAUUCUGGAGGCUGACCCCGCCCUACAUGCUCGUCAUUAUGGUCGGCACUGUCCUUUUGCCUUACAUCGUAUCUGGUCCAUUCUGGAACGGAGGCGAGUUUCCCAAUAUGGGCGGUUGCCGGAAGUAUUGGUGGACCAACCUGAUAUACGUCAACAACUACGUCAUCGAUGAUGAGACGUGUAUGGGAUGGUCGUGGUACCUGGCAAAUGACAUGCAGUUUUACAUCAUCAGUCCUCUGAUACUCCUGCCAUUGUUCUAUAACGUGUUUGCUGGUGCGGCUUGCGGUGUAGUGUUCAUUGCAGCUUCAACCGCCGCAAUAUGGGUGGUAGACGUCAAUCAUGAGUACUCCGCACAGGCCGCCCUGCCUUUUGCUCCGCCCCCGAAAGAUGCCAACUUUACGAAAAAUCUGUAUGUCCCGAGUUACACACGCAUUGGCCCUUACGUCCUGGGUCUAUUUGCUGGGUAUCUUCUCUACAAAACAAGCUGCAAACUACGCAUUCCCAAGGCUAUAAACAUACUGGGCUGGUUCCUGAGUUUCUCUUUAAUCUGCACGGUUAUCUACUCGCCAUACACAGACGGUCAAAGUCACAUGCUAAGUAUUAAGGAGUCUGCAGCGUAUUUCAGCUUUCAUAGAACUGGCUGGGGUCUUGCCAUGUCCUGGAUCAUUGUGUCCUGCUGUACUGGGCACGGAGGUUGGAUAAAUGAGUUGUUGUCGUGGAGUGGGUUCAUUCCCCUGAGUCGUCUGACUUACUGUGCCUAUCUUAUACAUCCCCUCAUAAUGACGACUUUCUACAUGUGCAGGAGAGAGCUGACCUACUUCACACAAUUUGAACUGAUCUACCUAUUUCUCGGCCAUAUGACUAUGACGUAUGGUCUCAGUUUCAUCGUGUCACUCGUGUUCGAAGCGCCAAUGAUGGGAUUGGAAAAGGCCGUAUUCAGAAAGGGCGGGAAAUAGGAAGAAUAAUGUUACACAAGGACAAUGCCACAAUCCUACAUCCAAAAACAUAUAAUAGAAUGAAAAAUUAUGUGUGUAUACAAAUUAAACUCAAAAUUGAUUUUGUAUGCAUAAAGUUUGACCCAUACUCUCACCGAUGCUGGAAACCGUAGAUCUUCUACCCGCAGCCAUUAAUAUAAUUGUGACCAGUUUACUUGACAACUCUGUGAAUUAGGUGGUACGAAAAAUGACUGUUUCCAUCCGUAUAACGGUUUCAAAAUAUCAUACAUAUCUCUUUGAGAAGAGGUGCAGUGAAUAGGAACAAUAACGUUGUAUUCGAUAUUAUUUCAUACUUAUUUUUGUAAAGAGCAUAACGACAAAGGUAUUUGAUAUAUUGAUUUCAAACUUGUUGAGGUAUUGAGUAAAAGUAUU